UACGAUCCUCUCCGGCCGAACGACUAUUAUCAGUUCAAGCGUGAAGCGAAGCGCAGAAAACAGCAUGCGAAGCGACAGGCGCUAGAGGAGAUUUCUGGCAGAUAUCCGCCGAAAGGCGGGGAUCGAAGCCGGGGGAGAAAAUCCGUGGCAUUCUCUCCACCCACGAGUUCACAGUGGGCCGCACCGCCGACCCCAUCACAGCCCAUACCGGACGUUUCUUCCGGUGAAGAAGCGUAUCUACGUCGGUUACGGUUAUCUCAGCCCUCCGCGCCGAACCCCCCACCAGUCGUCCCACCCACACCUCCUGUCGCACAUCAGCAGACAUCGGAACCACCAAGCAUACAACCGCACUCCCAUCCACAAUCGCGCAUGCAAAGACCAAUACAGCCAUCGCAAUCACCUGUCAUACUUCUCAAAAACAUGGUUGGACCUGGGCAGGUCGACGCAGACUUGCAGAACGAGACGGCGGAAGAGUGCACACGCUUUGGACGGGUCACGAAAUGCGUUGUGUAUGAGCUGCCGUACGCAGUGGGUGAAAGCGAAGCGGUCCGAAUCUUUGUGGAGUUUGUGGACCAUGCCAGUGCCGCAAGAGCACUCAACGAACUAAACGGACGAUUCUUUGGCGGGCGUGUUGUGUCUGCAAGUUUCUACGACCCCGACCAGUUCCGGAAAGGUCAAUACGAC